CUUAGAUGACUCAUGCCUACAGGGGUUCAGCCAUGUUGGAUUAUUUGUGAGCAUGGAUUGCCGAUUUUUCCACAAAUAAGUUGUGGAAAAUGACUCUAAAGGUCUUAAGAUAAUAUGGAGGACACUUUUAAUGAUUUUUCGAGGUUAUCUUUGGAGGAAAUCGCGGGAAAUAGGGUGAAAUUAUUGAACGGAAUUCAACAACAACUUAAGAAUGCAGUCGACUCCCUCAAUGCCGGAAGUGAUUUCUCGCUAAAGGAGAGAGUCGGACGUGUCUUGCAGCAAGUAAUCAAGAACCUAGAUUUUAUAAAGGCUUCAUGCAAUGAGGAAGACUCAUCUGGCUUGAGGACAGUAGGGAAAGUUAGCCAGGAAGAAUUAGCUGCAUGGGAAAGACUUGGGGAAGGAGGAUUUUCAAGCGUGUACAAGGCUAAACUUAAAGGAAAUGAUGUUGCUGUUAAGGUGUUGAAAAAUCUCAAAGAAACCAAACCCUUGCUUACCGAGGGAAAUCUUUUGAGAGAUCUUCGCCAUGACAACAUUGUUGCUUUCAGAGGAAUGAGCAUUUUGGAAUGCAACGUCACAUUUGAAAAUGCUAUUUCCCAUGAAAAAUAUCUAUUGAAAGCUGGAAGUCCUUUUCUGGUUAUGGAAUACAUCCCCAAGAAUCUGUACAGAUUUGUAGAGGAUCACAAGACACCAGAAUCUCAGGGACUUCCUAAGAGUCAAGUGUGGACCAUCAGUAGGGGAAUGGCUAAUGGUUUAAUGUACCUUCACAGUUUGAACCCGCCAAUCAGUCACCGAGAUUUGAAACCUGAUAAUAUUCUGUUGGAUGUAAGAAGCUUAAGGGUGAAACUGGCCGACUUUGGCUUGUCACGAACUGUUGAAAGAAGUGGGAAUGAUCUGUCUUUAUUCCAUGCCCGCUGGACAGCUCCUGAGGUGUGGGAUGAUUACAUUGAUGAUGAUGACUAUGUUGAAGAACCUGUUGAGGAACAGCCUGAAAAAGAAGAAGAGUAUACAGACCUCGAUGAUGAGUUAUUCUAUCUUAGAGCUGAUAUCUACUCAUAUGGUCAAGUGGUCGCUUAUACAUUAACAGGAAAUAUGCCAUGGCACGGCCGGAAUUCUGUCAGUGUAAAAGGAAUUCAAAAUAACUUGGUUCAGAAGGAAGACCGAGUUGAGAUACCCGAAGAACUGACAGGCAAACUGAGGAAUGUUAUCAUUGACUGCCGUGUAGAGAAUCCUGAACUGCGUCCCACAGCUGAUAAAUUAGUUUUGGAGUACUUCAGUGGUGACACCAAUCCUUACCAAACUGAGGCCACGAGUGCUGAGUUUUUUUCGUGUGGUUUCCUCCAGCACACUUACAUUUUUGUUGCAGAGAGUCUGGUUGAUGAGUCUAGUGAAGGCUUCUUCAAGACAGGGAUUCGUCCGCAGGGGUUCCCCCCUGAGUGUCUGUUGUGUCAUGUUGAGGUCGGCAACAAGGCGUAUAACGAUGUACCUAAAGAAUGGGUUUACGAACUGAAGUACCGAGAGUAUUAUGGACACUUCAGACAGGCAGCCAUUGAUAAGAAGAUCGAAGACAAUCCCGCCAUCGCGCUCAAAUCGUUGAUCACCUCGCGCGAAGAAGAAGAGGAGAGGCAAGAAAUUCAACUCAUGUUUGGUCAGUCAACUUAUUGUCAUCACCGGGCCGUAAGGGAGAUCUGGAGGAAUCUGGACGACUCGAAAAAGAGGGAGUUAGUUGUGUGUAAAAAUACUGUGCAUCCAGUGUUUAGCACCUCGUUUGGGCUCCACGUGGCUGUGCUGACCGCGGACAGCCCUCAGAAGUUCAUAUUUGCAAGGAGAGCGAACCGAGAGGGUAUGGCCACUCCUGGUAAGUUUACUUGCGGCGCUGUGGAAAGCGCCUCUGUCAAAGAUUACAUCUACAAGGACGGUGAAGCUUACGUGGAUUUGGUCCAGACGGCCGCGAGAGGACUGGAAGAAGAACUGCGCGUCGAAUUGUAAGGCAGCGAUAUCGAGGCUCUGUGCCUCACAACCGUGUACCUCAAGUUCGACACGCACGAAUGGGGUUGCUGUGGUUACGUCGACCUGUCGGAUGAACGAGUGGCACCCGAGCGCCGCUUGACGUUCGAGCAGCUCGGCUCUCGGUUUACGACAGGCCCGAAGGAUAAAUUCGAACACGAAGAGGUCGUAGCUGUUGACUUUGAGCUCCCGAGGAUGGUCGAGUUUGUGCGAGAGAAUUACAACGAUUUCGCUAGUUCAGCGAAGCUGGUGGUGGUUAAAGUGUUGCAGUCGUUUUUUGGAGUUGGUGCCGUGGAAAGAGCCUUUCGAGUUUACAUGGAAGACAGCGAUGAUGUUUUGCAAGGAGAGAUAAAAACUUGAAAGCGCUUGGAGGUUGAUAUGAUGUCUAGAAUAAUGGUUUUCAUUUUAGCCAAGGUAGGCAAAGUAGGUAGGCUUUUUAUCCACUGAUAAAGAGGCAGCAGCCUCGAAACGUAUGGAUGUUUACGUACUUUUCGCGUAAUAAUGAAUAUUUACUAAGUUUCUUCAUCUAAUACUCACGAAGGUCGCCUUGUCGACUAAAAAUCGCCUAGAACUCGCUUGACUCGAGCAUGUCACGGAAAGGUGCUCGGGAACAUUUGGGCUGCCUUCGUAACCACGACAUGUCUUUUCUAGUGGACGUAAAUCAUCAAUACUAUCGUAGGCUUGUUAGCUGAAAAAUGCUGUAAACUAAGUUUACGCCUUCGAAAUUAGACUUGAAGUUAUAAGGAAACAAAGAUGUGAGGAAUCUUUUUUUUUUUUUCAGAAUUCUAAUGUGCCCGGAUGGCACAUAGUGUUUUAUAAAAUACUUAAAAAACACUUUAUACACUUAAAAAAUAGUCUAGUAAAUAGUUUUUAAGGGGCUACGUCGUAUGGCGCCGCUUGAAAAAUUUAGCCUAAAAUUUUCAAGUUCUUCAUAUUACAAUUUGUUACAUUUUUGUUGCAUUUUAUUUUUUUGUUGUUUACUAACUUAGUUAUGUGUUCUAAUAAGCAGUUUCUUCGAAACACAUUUUAAGACAAAAACCAGUGAUAUAAAACGACGUUUCGAUAUCUCUGGAAACGUCGUUUUAUCUAUUGCUGGUUUUUAUCGUAAAAAAGCUAAGGUCUUAUCGAAUUUUUUUUGGUCAGAUUUGAAGUUUAUUUUCUACAUCAAAGCAACCAUAAAGUUACAUCGAGAACAACUUGCUCUCUGUGUAACAAAGUUCAUCAAAGUUCAUUUAGUGGACUUUGUUAACCUCACGUUGAGGUGUGUAACAAGAGAGUUGUAUAAUAGGCGAUCAUUUGCACGAGCUGCAUGCUUUUUCAAAUAAUCAACACCGAUCUCUUUCCUCCGUCGGUGAAUGAAGGAGAUUUAGGCGAGGUCUGAAUUGUGGUGUUAAGAAUUAUUUUGUAAAUGAGGUUUGUCACUAUUUAUAGGUCUCUAAGAGACAGUGAAGCCCGAGAAAAAUAUACUUAGGUUUCUUUAGCACUAGUUCUCCACUAUCUUCGGGACUUGUAAAAUCUAGCACUGUAGCUCCGCCUGUAUAAGUUGACCGAAUGGUUCGCACCAUGUAACUCUAGAUUAGUAGUGAAGAUCCCAACCUUCUCUUCCCUGCGCCGGUGGACAGUGAUUGCAAUCGUCUCUCUCUUCGCCUAUUUAAAAUUAGAUUAUGAGCUCGAGAUUUCUAUGAGGUGAUAGUUGAUGAGGCCGAAGGCCGAAUCAAUCACCUCA